UAUCAAUUCAAGGUGAAGAUACCUUUAACUUAACCUCUGCGUUGUUUACUCGAUUUGUUAUGAAAAUGAACAAUUUAGAAAAAUCGUUUACGUGGAAAAUAUGCAUUGAUAACGAUAAAUCAAGCUUACCUACAAUUUACUGUGGAUUUCAUCAUUUAUUUCAAACGAGUUUCUUGACCCGAACUGGAGUUCCCAAAGUGCCAAAGCAACAAUUUGUCUAGUUAUAAUUGUUAUUAUAGUAUUUAAAUAGUCUAAAAUAGAAGCUGAACGAUGCCCAGCAAAAUUUUGUGCUUAUUUGAUGUGGAUGGUACCUUGACCAAGCCGGUAAACGAUAUUGAGCCCCAAUUUGAAGAUUUUCUGCAAAAUAAGAUUAAACCUUUAUCUGUUUUAGGAAUUGUUGGAGGUUCCGACUUUAAAAAGAUUUCAAAACAAAUGGGCGGUGAAGAUAUGAUUGAACGUUAUAGAUAUGUUUUCUGCGAAAACGGAUUAGUCUUUUUCAAAGAUGGCAAAGCAGGCGAUCAACAAACUAUCCAAAAGCAUAUGGGUGAAGACAAACUGCAAAUAUUCAUUAAUUUCGUUCUGGGUUAUCUAUCGAAAGUAGUCUUGCCAGUGAAACGAGGCACUUUUAUAGAAUUUAGAACCGGAAUGCUAAACAUAUCCCCAAUAGGCAGAUCAUGUUCUCAAGAAGAAAGAGAUGCAUUUGAAAUUUAUGACAAAAAGUAUCAAGUUAGAGCAACAAUGAUCGAGACAAUUAAGAAAGAGUUUCCCAAUUUUGGUUUCACUUAUAGUAUAGGAGGUCAGAUUAGUUUCGAUGUGUUUCCAACAGGCUGGAAUAAAACAUACUGCCUGCAGCAUCUAGAAAACGAGGGUUUCGAUGAGAUACAUUUCUUUGGUGAUAAAACGGAACUGGGAGGAAAUGAUUACGAAAUAUUCAAUGAUCCGCGGACUAUUGGACAUAAAGUAACUAGUCCGGACGAUACUAGAAAGCAGCUUGAAGAGCUGUUCAAUAUCUAAGAGAAAUAGUGAAAACUGUAAAGUAUAAAAUAAAUAAAGUGAGUUUUCAAGUUUAUUUUAAUUAAAUAUGUAUUUCACAUAGACUACAUAAAAAUAUAUAUACUUUAUAAUGUUUCCAUAAAAAUGCGUUUAGGCUCCUUGG